CCAAUUUCUGUGUGCAGUGAAAGUUGCCAUCCCGGAUACAGAAGAUCUCUUGCAUCUGGGAAGUUAUCAUGCUGUUUUGAUUGUGUUCCAUGUACAGAAGGAACAAUCUCUAGCCAGAAGGAUAUGGAUCACUGUGAAAAAUGCCCAGAAGAUCAGUAUCCAAGUGACAGCCGUGAUAAAUGCAUUGCAAAGUUGAUUGUGUUCCUUUCAUAUAAUGAGCCUUUGGGAGCUAUUUUAGCUUUUAUAUCAGGGUUUCUUUCCCUCAUCACAGUUUUAAUCCUAGGAAUAUUUUUCAAGUUCCAGGACACACCCAUAGUGAAAGCCAAUAAUCGUGAUCUCACUUUUGUUCUUCUCUUUUCCCUCCUCCUGUGCUUCCUUUGCUCUUUGAUAUUCAUUGGACAGCCAAGUAAAGUUUCCUGCUUCCUACGCCAAACAUUUUUUGGCAUUGUUUUCUCAAUUGCUGUUUCAUCUAUCUUGGCAAAAACCAUCACAGUAAUAUUAGCCUUUUUGAUUAAAAAUCCAGGAAGCACUUGGCAACAUUGGACAGGGAAAAGGCUGACAAAUUCCAUAGUUUUCUUCUGCUCUCUUAUUCAGGUUGUAAUCUGUGGCAUUUGGCUGGUAACAUCUCCCCCCUUUCCAGAUAUGGAAAAGCCAUCAGGACAUGAUCAUAUCAUUCUUCUUUGUAAGGAAGGGUCUAUUUCCAUGUUUUAUGUUGUACUAGGCUACAUGGGCUUUCUCGCCAUAGUCAGUUUCAUUGUAGCCUUCUUCGCCAGAAAGUUGCCUGGAGUUUUUAAUGAAACCAAACUAAUCACCUUCAGCAUGCUGGUGUUUUGCUCUGUUUGGUUGUCCUUCGUGUCAACUUACAUAAGUAAUACGGGCAAAUCCAUGGUGGUAGUGGAAAUUUUUGCAAUCUUGGGUUCCAGUAGUGCUUUACUGGGCUUUAUCUUUUUCCCUAAGUGUUACAUUAUCGUGCUGAGACCUGAGUGGAACAGAAAGACAAAUAUACUUGGAAAAGCAAAUUCACGUUUCAAAUUAUUAUGAGGUGAAUCUUUCAUUUAUCAAACAGAUUUUGUUUGAAGUGAAGUCUUUAAAAGUAUGCCUUACAUUAAAUAUUCAUUCCCAUGAUAGAAAUGUAUGAAUUGAUUAAAUUGAAAUGACAUACAGAAUUCAGGUGUGGAUAUCAAAUCUCUCCUUGUUUCUUUUGCCAUGAGGCACGAUAUACAGAUGGUGACAGUACAUACAAUUCAAUACUUUAAAUAUUUGGACCAUUACCUAUAUAAAAUUG